AUGGUGUCGACAAGCGUGAAUCCGGAGGUAAAAGCAGAAACGGAGGACUCCGCCACAGUCCGCGCGGCGGCGGCACCGUCACCAUUGAAGGGAAAGAGGAUGCCGCCGGAGAUGAAUAAAGUUACCGCCGUGAGAGCGCCAUCGGUAACUCCACUACUCUCAGUUCUUUUUAUGGAGGUGGAGCAACUCGCGAAUGCUGUUAGGGAGCCCUCUACCCUUCUUACAGAUACGACGGAUAAAUUGAUACAAAUGCGAGCCCUACUGAAGACGAUGAUGGAUAGUCUGCGGAAUUGUCGUCACUGCAUACGAAGGGGACAAGCGCUUUCUCGUCUUCCUCGUCUUGUGGUCACCGGGCCUUCACAAUCUGGGAAAAGCACACUCAUUGAUUUUAUCCUUCAACGACGCCACGCCCAGACGAAAUUGGAUUCUGGAGCCACCGCUGUCUCUAAGGCUGAGGAGUGCGAUAAGAGUGAACAUUCAUUAAGGAAGAUUCUAUCUCCACGUCCGAUGAAUUCUUCUUCUACCUCCCUUGAAAGUCACAGCGUAAAUCGAAUUAGUGAUUGCAGCACCAGUUUUUCCAAGUUAGGAGGCUUGCCGUGCCAAAAGCCAAAUGGGAUGAAUGGCAUGGAUGAGCACGAGGAAUUAGAGGGUAUUCUUUGUUCAUCAACAUCCAACGCAAGUAUAUUUGUGCCAUCGGAGCGCGGCAAUAAACCAGACACCAACCACAAUGUUGAAGAUGCUGCGCAGCACGAGGUAUAUAACCUACCUUUCCUGAACGAACGUUCCCGUUGGCGAUAUGGUCGUGGGAACGAUGGGGCAAGAAUUAGGCAGCCCCUCAGAGUUGUGAAGUUGGCAUCAAUUUCUGGACGUCGUAUGUCGAAGUCCGCGGGGAGUGACGUUGUCACUGGCAUGGAUAAGAAUUCGCCCCAUGGUAGCAUGGUGGUGAUAUCUGGUAGGUUUGAUAUUACCAUUGUUGAUCGGAUUCGAAGGAAAAAAGGGGAUGCUGCGCAUUUGCUACGAGAGGGGGAGAAGAAGUUGUGCGAUCAGGCUAAUGGUAUUCAUUCACUAACAACCAAUAGCGGUGUUUCUGGUUCCAGGCAAACGAACGCGCCGUCCGCAUCUGCAGGUUCCGUGGGAGCGGGUGUGAGAUUAUUCAACCCGUGUCGAGCACCGUUCUGGCUGUUGCAGGAAAAUGUGGGCGGCGGUGUGCGGUGGGAAGGCGAGGGGACGACAGCCGUUCAAUUGUCCGACUCUCUGUGUGCCGAGGCGUUUUUUUUUACUCUUCCCUGCGAAGUGGUUGGCACGCACCGAAUGGUGGCCAUCAUGAAUGAAUUCUUUGAACCCUUUGCUACUCUCACUGAGGGAGAUCGAUGCAAAGACGGUGGCGGUGAAAAUGUCACCUCACCUUCCAAUCAGCAGCAGCGACAUUGUUCGCAGGAAAAGAAGGGUUGUGCUCAUGAUGAGAAAGGGGAUGAUUAUCAAAGUAUUUGUCAGCUUAUCUCUGACAUAACAUUUUAUGUGUUAACCUUUUCGGACGCCAUAGUGUUGCGUUCUGAAGGGGUGCAGACGACAGAUAAGCAACUUGUCAAUCGAUCACCACCGAUGGCGAAUAGUCUACCGGAACUUGUCGCAAUGUUCCAAAGGGAAAUGUUACGACUCUUUGACAUCCAUGUGGAUAGUUGGCAGGUCAUCCCUUUUAGUGGUCCUAUGAGUCGGGUUACAAGGGAUGUCCUCACAGAGAUUUACGAGGCACGGUUGGCGAGGAUGGAUUUAUUGGACGCAGAUGAUGGUCCCCCACCGACGUUUUCCGCACUUGAGCCACUAUUUUCACUGAACGUCUCUACUUUGUUCCCAAUAACAUCGGGGGUAGUGAACACAGAGGGUAAAUUGCAGGUAGCGAUAACGGAAUUUUGUGAUGUGAUGUAUGGACAACGAUUUAAAGAGAGCAGAGGCAGUUUUUCGCACGGACAAAUGGAAGAGCUUGUGUUGCAACACGCCCUCAGAGACGUGUGGAAAGACUCUGGGGCAUGCCAACUGCUCCAUAUUGUACGGUGCUUUGACUGGAACUCCCCCCACCAUACUGUUUCCCAGAUCGCUCUCUCCCUUGUGAUUUGGUGCAGGCAGAUGCAUUUGGUGCUUCUACAGGCGCAGAAAAUUCUUUGGCAGCGAUUAAAAAGUCUUCAAAGUGAUUUGCAGCGAAUAAAUCGAGAUGAUGACAGGGCGAAAUCGGCAGUGCGGCAACUGAAGGAGGAGUCCAUCCCCCGGCAGAUGACCCAAAGUAUUGUGUUUAAGGUGCAAAAACAAUUCGAGGAGCUCACUAUUCGUUUUUGGUGGACUUUAGUGACAUUGCUGGACGAAGAGAAUGUACGGUAUGGGGUUUAUCGUUCUGGCAGUGCGCAGAUGUUGACAUCCACACGCAGUUGUCCAUUGCUGCUGCCGUUUUCCUCCUUAUCUAUGAAAGCACGGAAGAGACUAUGCAGGCAGUACCAUCGGUUUUUGGUUGUUUACGUGACUCAGCGUUACCAAACUCAAAUGUCACAACUGCAGUCUAUUAUUGAGGAGAAGAAUCAAAACCUUGGCGGAAACACGUUGGGUCAUGCUAAAGAGCGGUCGAUGGAUCAAGAGGAAAUACGUGAUUCGUUGGAUGCGGAUGCGUCUACGCUUCCCCCCAAUUUGGGGAGUCUGAUGGAGGAUAUGAGGCAUCAUAUACCUUUUGUUGCACAAAAUGCGCGAGAGCUGAAGCUGACAAUGAGGAAGGAGUUAUCACUAUUGCUUGCUCGUCUCAACACGGAGGUCAUCAACUACUUUAUGGCAGAGCUUGCAAAUGCCUUUCCUGCUCUUGUGAAGAUGUGUGAAGUUCAACGGAAGAUUGCGAAAGGUAAGUUGUUGCAGUUGGUGACGACUGUGAACUCUCGAGAGACGUAUGAUUCCGCUGAGCGAAGACUUCUGCGUUCGAUGUUGAGCGAAAUUCCACGUCUCCGUCUUCUUGAGAUGCGGCCGGAUCAGGAGCUGGAGGCGUUUGUAACGGGUUUGCGAAGUUCUCUUUGUCAGGAUCAGCUGGUGCUUUAUGUGAAGCACUUGGAUGACGGAUGGAAUGGGCAAUACGCGGGGUGUGCUGCAAAGACUUUAGCGUAUCUUUUGAAGGCCGACUGGGAGAGCGAUGCCCGGCAGUUACGCUCCGUAGACUACAUUCAGCCGCAGAACGCUACUUUGUUGCAGCAGCUGCGGGAAUAUCAAGACGUUUUUUGGGCCCCGAUGGAGAUGACUGAGAUGACCCCAUUGCCAUCUGACCGCGGAGGAAAUUUGGCAUGUAUCGGGCUUGGGGAUCAGCCGUCUAUAAACGGUGCCACUGGAAAAACAAAAGAGGCAGCAGGAACACACGUAGAUAACGGUUCUUCUGUAUCAAAAGAGCUUCCACAAGAGGGCGAAAAAGGUUCAUUGAUGGGAUCGAACGAUAUUCUUGUAUCCAAGAGGAAUCCUAUAGGGUUUUUUCUUGCCGUGUGGCAGGAGGUGUUUUCUUCAAUGUCUUUCCGUCCAUGGUUACUGUUACACAAUGUGCGUUAUGCCAGUCUACUAAACAAUAUAACUCUCAUUUUCCUCAGGGGGCAAGCUCGACUAGAAUCCGUAUUGAAGGAACGGAGUUGUGAGACGGAGGCAGUACUGCGGAGUGUGCGUCAUGAAAUGCAUCUUCUGGGGGUAGAGUUACCUUCUUCCUUGAAGCGCCUCAGCAGCAGGGCGAUAGCUGCUGCACAUAACAUGAAGAAACUUAAUGCAGAGACAAUUAUAAGUCUCUCUUCGUGA